UUUCCUUUUCGUUCGACACACGCGACGUUCGACGCGAGGAGAACUCGAUUCGAGUUCAGAUCGCGACGCAGGUUACGCGAUCGGCGGCAUGGGAACUAAUUUGCGUAAAUGUGCAUACGAAACGAUUCGAAAGACGAAUCAUCGCGAUCGUGAGUGAAGAUUCGACGCGAAAAUAGAUGCAUUCGGCGCGUUCGCGCUGACACGCGACGAAAUUUUCCGCGGCUCGGGUCAGCACGCGAGCAAUACGCGAGCAAUUAAUAUAACGAGAAAGCCACUUUCGUUCAGUCGUAAAAGUUCAAAAACUGCGAGAAGUUGAUCAUAUUAGACUGAUCAACGAUAACGAUUUCGCGCGGAAAAGGACAUAUUCAGGGUAUAUUGAAUCGAGAGAAUCGAUCAUCGCGCAGGUGUGGCGCCGCAUUCAAAGACGCGUGAUGGCCGCCCGAUCGUUCGUUCCUCUGCUCCUCGUCGCCGCUCUUGCCGCAUCGCUGCCAAUCUUGGGUGACACCGCCUCCGCGCACAUCCACACGCAUCAGCACAACAAAGUCGACAACAAUGAGAGGACGGAGGACGGGGCUUUCAGUCCUCGUGAUGCCGACCACUAUGCGGAGGGCGAGCAUCAUCAGGAAUUCGAUCAUGAAGCCAUCCUAGGAAGUGUAAAGGAAGCAGAAGAAUUUGACAAACUUCCAAUAGAAGAAUCAAAGAGGAGAUUAGGAAUUUUACUAACCAAGAUGGAUCUGAAUAAUGAUAAAUAUAUAGAGAGGAAUGAGUUGAAAGCCUGGAUUCUACGUUCAUUUAGCAUGCUGUCUGCAGAAGAAUCUCAAGAUCGUUUGGAGGAUGCUGAUACAGAUGAAGAUGGUAGAGUAAGCUGGGAUGAAAUUCUGCAAGACACUUAUGGCAGCGACCCUGAAGAUCUAGCUCUUGAUGAUAAAUUGAUCCAAGAUGACAAGCAGACAUAUGAGGCUGCUGAUUUGAACAAAGAUGGUUAUUUAGAUGCAGAAGAGUUCAAAGCUUAUACACAUCCUGAGGAGACACCUAGAAUGUUCCCACUCUUGUUGAAGCAAGCUUUGGAUGACAAAGAUAUAGAUGGAGAUGGAUACAUUAAUUUCCAGGAAUUUAUUGGUGACAGAGGCAAAUCGAAGGAUAAGGAAUGGUUGCUAACUGAAAAGGACAAAUUUGAUUAUGAACAUGACAAAGAUGGAGAUGGCAGGCUUGAUUCGGAUGAAAUUCUCUCUUGGCUUGUACCAAGUAACGAAGAAAUAGCAAAUGAUGAAGUGGAUCAUUUAUUUGCGGGUUCAGAUGAUGAUCACGAUAAUAGAUUAUCAUAUGAUGAAAUUUUGGAUCAUCAUGAUGCUUUCGUAGGUAGCGAAGCGACGGACUAUGGUGAUCAUUUGCAAGAAAUUGAACGUUUCAAUGAUGAACUCUGAGAAUCAGCUAUCAGUCAAGCUGAUAAUACUUGUUAUCUUUCGUAAUACUCAUCAAAGAUAUGUGCAAAUGAAAAUAUUUUUAAUACACUGCUCAAGACACAUUAAUGAGACCAUUCUUUUAAAAUUCUAUACUUUUUAAUUCAAAUAUACAUCAAUGUUUAAAAAACUAAAAUACUAUAUUUAUAUAAAUAUAUUUAUCAUAUAUUAAAAUUAUGUAAGAAAGAUCCGAAAUCUGCUAGAUUUACUAAAUUAUAUAUUUAUUUAAGAAAAUGUUCUAGUAAUUGUUUUGAGCAGUAUAUUUCUCAAUAUAUAUUAUUUCUGCAUCUCCCUGUCUGUUCUUAUCUGUUUCCAUCUAUUUAUGCUGUCAUUAAAAUAAAUUUCUAUUUAAUGAUAAGCCAUA